UCAACAUUGUUCUACCACAGACUUCUUGUGAGGGACGUCUGGAACGACCCCGUAAGAAUUAGAAAACGUCAAAAAGGGGACAUUUUGAGAGCCAGACGCCAAUCUCCAGAACCGUAUAGGUUGAAUGGGGAGGUCAUCAUGAUCUGCAAGAGGAAGCUAUCAUCGGUGUUUGUGGCAAUUCUUGUCUGUGGGGGAUUCAGCUACUACAUCUCUACAAACAUGCGUACGCCAGAGCACCAGAAAAUACGAAACAGGAUUUCACCUACACAAGAAUCAAGAAGGGAAGUGGCCGGGAGAGCUGGUACUUGUACUCCACGAAGGAAGUUUGUGUUUAUUGCAACGCAUAAAACCGGGACUGUCACCACCUCGAACGUUUUCCAAAGAUACGCAAUCAUCCACAAGUUGCCUGUGCUGAUACCAAAGUCGGGUAACCCUAUCUCUUGGGGCUUGCCUCCUGACGAAGAUGAUUACAUCCACACCCCAGAUGAACAAUAUGGCGCCCUAUGGAACCACAUGCGGUACAAUAAAGAAUGGCUGAGAUCCAAGUUUCCAGCCGACACCGCAUACUUCUCUAUCAUUCGAAAUCCAGCGAACCAUUUAAUCUCCGCCAUGAACUACUACUCCUUACCACAACUUUUAAAACUUAGGGAUGUCAUUAACCCGGUAAAUGAAUUUUCGACGAAUCCUUGGAAGUACAAGAAUCUUUCUGAGGUUUACUUUGGCUUCUGCAAUAUUACUUGGGACCCUACCAGGAACUUUAUUGCCUUUGACUUGGGUUACCCUGCUGAAGGAGCUGAGAACGAGGUACUGGCUCGCCAAUACAUCAGUGAACUAGAAACCGACUUCACUCUUAUCAUGUUGUUGGAAUACCUGGACGAGUCACUCGUUCUCCUUAAAAGACUGAUGUGCUGGGAGCUGAAAGACGUUCUUUACGUUGUUAAGAACAAUCGCACAUAUACGUACAAAAUGUACACCCCCUCUGAAGAACAGAUUUCAAACCUCCGAAAGUGGAAAGCCGUGGAUUACUUAUUGUAUGAAACGUUCAACACAUCUUUGUGGCGAAAAAUUGGAGCACAAGGUCCGGACUUCCAUGAGGAAGUUUUCCACUUUAAGAAGAUGAACAGAGAUGUCAAUACGUACUGCUUAGCCUAUGGGCGAUGGGAAGGGGCACCCAACCUGACAGUAGCAGCUUCAAAGUGGAAUCACCAGUUUGAAGUCGACGCCGUGUUUUGCCGUCUCAUACAGUCUGUGGUGUCACAGCUUAUGGGCCAACUGCGAAGGGGACAAGAGGGUGGACGAACGAUUUUAAGUGAAAAGGUCAACAUAAGGGCUGUUAUGAAGGGAGAACCAACAUUCAAAUAUAAGAUUGAACGCGACAUUUAUCUAGAAAUGGUUAACAAACAUGAAGCUGGUCAAUAGCCCAAACUUAUCGACACCGAUGAAUAAAAAGACUCUUUUUACACGAGCGUUACAUAACAUAAGUAAUAUAUAAUAUUUGAGAAAUAGAUACAGAUAUAUAUAAACUAUCUACGCGGUCGAAAAAAAUACACUGCAGUCUAAAUAAAUAGGAAUGUGAUAACAAUUGUUUUAAAGUAAAAAAACAAAACAACAACAUAGAUGUAAAGGGCGUCUUUUUGUUCAUUGACUUACCAAUCCAAUUAAACUAUUAACCCUAUCUAAACUGGGGUUUAAGGGAUCUUUAGGACUCAGCAUCCCCCCCCCCUAAAAACUAGAGAACGGUAUAUAUUGUAUGGCCACCAAAUUAUCAGAGUAUGGUGUACUAGUAAUAAUAAAUCAUAUCAACAAUUUCGGUAUCGUUAUGACGUAACAUGAAGUCAUUAUGACGUCAUUUAUGUGAUAUAUUGCCUAAAACCGUUUUUCUCGUAAAACAACGGUGUACAGCACAAGUUCAACAAAAAAAUGUUUAUGAUAAAAUAUUUAGGUCUACUUAAUCGUAUUUUGCCAUAGCAACAACAACUAUUCGCCAUCUUGGAUCGUCAAUAUUGAAAUUUCAAAAAUACUUUGUUUCCAAGAUAAAGCGUAAGAUUACAAUGGAAAUAGACUAAAGAGGUUCAAAUUACCCUUUUUUUCCUUGUUGGGAUGAAAUUUUAAGGAAAAAAGCAAAUCGUACCUUCUCUAAUGAUAUGGACCACCAUGUCGGAUUUUGGCCAAUGACGUUAUCACAUUAGCAUAAAGUAUGCAUAUUACUUCAACAAAUUGCAUGAAAUCAUAUGUUAUUAAUAUUUGAAGGCAUGUGUAAAUUAAGAUAAAAGCAUGAAAAUGUCAUUGUUGAAGUCAAAAUUAUUGAUUUUUGCGGAAAAUGCCUGUCAGAAACCGGAUUAAAAAAAUAUUUCACUGCUAUAAAACUGUUGCCAACAAUAUAGUUAAAGUCAUUUAGUUUGGUGGCCCUAGCAAAAGCCGUUAUCUGACAUCAAGGUUGUCGCGGGCACUUUUAGCCCCCCCCCCCAUUCUAGAUAGGGUUAACUGCUAAGCGCUAUCAAUAAGUAAAUCGAUCUAUACAAAACACUGCUGAUUAAGCGAAAAUAUUUAGACUUAAAACUAUAUAUAUUAGGUGUUAAAUAGACUAUAAACUUAAUCAUUUCUUGGUGUCAAGACUACUCUUAAAUUAAAAUUGAUUUCAUAUAUGACGCGUCAAGCAAAAUUACGGUCACUUUACUACAUUCUUUAACGUUCUGUAUAUAGGUACAAUGAUCGAUAUAGACAUAAAUGUAUCUUUAUGUAUCUGAAGAAGGA